GAUCAGACACAAAACCACUGAAGGAAAUGUUUCACAUGUUCUUUUUGUGCUGGUGGAGUCUGACUGGUGUUUUCGGUGAUUCAGUGUCAGUGAUGGAGGGAGAUUCUGUCACACUAAACAUUGAUGUUACUGAAAUACAUGAAGAUGAUGAUAUACUGUGGAAAUUUAGAGAUGAACCAUCUCUGAUAGCUGAAAUCAGUAGAGCUUCUGGAAUCUUCUCUACAUCUGAUGGUCCUGAUGGGAGAUUCAGAGACAGACUGAAGCUGGACAAUCAAACUGGAUCUCUGACCAUCAUGAACAUCACAACUCAACAUACUGGACUCUAUGAAGUAAAGAUAAGUGGAGCUAAAAAAUCAUCAAAAACAUUCACUGUUUCUGUCUAUGCUCAUCUGCCUGUUCCUAACAUUACCAGAGACUGUUCUUCAUCAUUACCAGCAUCAUCAUCAUCAUAUUGUUCAUUGUUGUGUUCAGUGGUGAAUGUGGGUCAUGUGACUCUCUCCUGGUACAAAGGAAACAGUUUAUUGUCCAGCAUCAGUGUGUCUGAUCUCAGCAUCAGUCUCUCUCUACCUCUGGAGGUGGAAUAUCAGGAUAAAAACACCUACAGCUGUGUGCUCAACAAUCCCAUCAGCAGCCAGACCAGACACCUGGACAUCAGUCAACUCUGUCACACAUGUUCAGAUCAGGGUCCCGUACUGUACAUAGUGUUGAUUUCUGCUGCUGCUGGAUCUCUGUUGAUUGUAGCUGCAGUCGUGAUCUUCUGGAUCCGUAAGAAAUGCACAAAAACGGAUCAAAAAGUUGAGACUCGUGAGGAAGAGAUCACUUACGCCGAGCCAACGUUCUACAAAAGAAAAGCACAGAAAGCAAAGUUCAAAGUGUCUGAGGUUCUGUAA